UAAGAUUUCCGGAGCUGGAAAGUAUAUUUGCUCAUUUACCCUUUUACCAUUCAACACCCACAGAAAGGAAAAGAAAUAGCAGGUGAAAAAUGGAGAUGAGAGCAAAAGAAGCCAUUCCAAUAGGCCAAGACCUCACUCCUCCAAUCCCACCGCUUUCUCUUUGCCUCCACCAUUCUACACUCCUCUCUCACUGCUCUUCUUGCUUUUCUCCUCUCCCUCCUCCUCCUCCUUCCCUUCACUAUCCUCCCUUCUUCUCCCCUAAAAAUCCCAACCCAAAUCACUUCAUUCGCUACUGUUCCCUUCAAUGCUCUUCUCUCGACUCCCCUAUUCACUUCUCCUCUUCAGAAUUCCACUUCUUUCACCUCUUUCCUCAACCCCUUUACACCAAUUUCCCUACCUCCUCCGACCUUCGUCUCUCCCUCCGCCUCCUCCACCGCUUCCAAACACUGAAUCUCAUCCAAGAAUCAAAUGGGUCUUUAUUAAAUUUGGAAAGAAUCGGUGGGUUGGUGACGAAUUUCAGGAAAGUAAUGUUCUUGGAAGAACACUGCAAUGAUAAUGAUGAUGAUGAUCUUUCUGGAAGAAUUCGUCAUGGGGCAAAGGCUUUGGCUGCUUCAAGAAGAAUGCGUUUAGGUUUGGAUACCAACAGGGAGUUAUUGUAUGAAGAGUAUACUGUGGAAGCUGCCGUGCUCUGCUUAGUGCUGACUAAUGCAGUGGAAGUGCAUGAUAAGGAUGGGAGAAGUUUAGGGGUGGGUGUUUAUGAUGUACCGUUUUCAUGGGUCAAUCAUAGCUGCUCUCCUAAUGCUUCUUACAGGUUUUGUACAGCAUCAGAUUCUGGAGGAAUAUCGAAGUGUAGGAUAUGUCCAGCAGCUACAGAGACUGGUGCUGCUGGCAUUGAAAGUGAAUCAAUUAGUAGUAAUCCUGAACUUCAGAAAUCCAUGUCAGUGAUUGGUGGAAGUGAAACAUGUGGUCCGAAGAUUAUCCUUAGAAGUAUAAAGGGCAUCAACAAAAGUGAAGAAGUGUUGAUUACAUACACUGACUUGUUACAGCCUCAGGUAAUGAGGCAAUCAGAGUUGUGGUCGAAGUACAGGUUCAGUUGCUGCUGUAAACGAUGUAGAGCAAUGCCUACAACUUAUAUGGAUCAUUGUCUGCAGGAGAUCUUAAUUUUAAAUCUCGAUUGUUCAAAUAUGGCUUCUGGUGACAACUUUUAUGAGGACCAUGUAAUGGAGAAGCUGAUUGAUUGCUUGAAUGAUGCUAUAGAUGACUUCCUGUCAUUUAAUAACCCCAAGAAUUGUUGUGAAAAACUCGAGAUCCUGCUUACUCAAGAUCAUGUUAACAUUCUUCUAAAGCCUGACGGAGAAAAAUUACAUCAACUCUUCAGAUUACAUCCUCUUCACCAUGUCUCUUUGCAUGCCUACAUGACACUUGCGUCUGCAUAUAAAGUCUCUGUAGGUGAACUGCUGGCCCUAGACCCCGAAGGUGAUGAACAUCAAACCAAAGCUUUUAAUAUGAGUAGAAAGAGUGCAGCAUAUUCCUUGUUGCUUGCAGGUGCCACUCAGCAUUUAUUAGAAUCCGAGUCUUCUCUCAUUGUGCCUGUAUCAAAUUUUUGGAUGACUGCUGGUGAGACUUUACUAAGUUUUGUCAGACGUUCCGCAUGGAACUUAUUUUCAAGGGGAUGGCACAUUGAAGAUUUUUCAUUUUCGUCAUGUCAAAUUUGUGGCAAGUGCACAUUGCUUGAUAGGUUUAGAGAUAAAUUUACAGAUUUUCAUGAUGAAAAUGCAGAAUUCGCUGACGUAACUAACCAAUUUUUGAGUUGUGUUACCGAUAUAACACCAAAAAUCUGGGGUUUUCUCAUAGAGGAAGAUGGUUACUUGAAAGUAGUUGAGGAUCCCAUUAACUUUAGAUGGCUUGGUAGUAGGAUGGCAACUCAUGCUACAAGUCCUAAUGCAUCAGAGAAAACAGGUUCUGGAUUGGAAGCAGAAGAUAAUCACAAUGAGAUACGGGUAAAAUUGUUCCUGCUUGGUAUUCACUGCUUAAUCUAUGGAGCAUUUUUGUCAACUGUAUGUUUUGGUCCUAAUUCGCAACUGAUGUCUAAAGUUGAAAGUCUUUUAAGUGUCAAAGGUACUCUGAAUGGUUAAGCCAUUAUGGUUGCAUACAAAUCCCAAUUGUGUGUCUAAUAGUCUUUAAAGUUGUUGGCUACAUGAUAAAUAGAAUGAAAGCUAAACUCAUUUUCUGGGCAGUCCAUGUUACUUAGCUUUGCGUACUAGUACAUUUUGGACUGGAAUUAAUGCAAUGACACAAUUCAUUUUUGGCCAUUGAUUUAAGAUGCCAGGGGUUCAUUGUGUCAUUCAAAAGGUUAAGUGGAAUUUUUAAUCUUUAAUUAGAUGAGAAGAUUAGUCCCUGCUAGAUAAAUAAGUGAUGAGUGUGAUCACAAAUUUUAAUUCUAUUUUUAGUAGUGGUUUAGUGAAGAAAGCAAAUCCCCAAUGCUUAAGCAUGAAGCAAGUAAAGUCAAGAACUCACGUCUAUGUAGGGUAUGUUGGGUUAGGUCUAAGUAUUAAU